GGACUUGUCCUUCUCUCGGCGCAUAUAUAAAUCUCUCUCUCUCUCCCCGGUGUAGUCGCCCAAUUCUUCUUCGAGCUCUGAAGAUAGACGGAAAUGGCGAAGUCUCAGAUCUGGUUUGCCGUCGGGACCUUGGCGCUGCUGCUCGUCUCGGCGAUCGCCGAUGACGUCGUCGUGCUGACCGAGGAGAACUUCGAGAAAGAAGUCGGACAGGACAGAGCCGCUCUGGUCGAGUUCUACGCUCCUUGGUGUGGACACUGUAAAAAGCUUGCUCCAGAAUAUGAGAAGCUUGGGUCGAGUUUCAAGAAGGCAAAAUCUGUCUUGAUCGGAAAGGUGGACUGUGAUGAACACAAGAGCUUAUGUAGCAAGUAUGGAGUUUCUGGAUACCCAACUAUUCAGUGGUUUCCCAAAGGAUCCUUAGAGCCCAAAAAGUACGAAGGGCCACGGACAGCAGAGUCACUUGCUGAGUUUGUUAACAACGAAGGAGGCACAAAUGUGAAGAUAGCUGCGGUGCCAUCCAAUGUUGUGGUACUGUCUUCUGAUAACUUUGAUGAAGUGGUUUUGGAUGAAACAAAGGAUGUAUUGGUGGAAUUUUAUGCACCAUGGUGUGGCCACUGCAAAUCCCUUGCUCCUACUUACGAGAAAGUAGCCACGGCAUUUAAGUUGGAGGAAGAGGUUGUGAUUGCUAAUCUGGAUGCUGAUAAAUACAAGGAUCUAGCAGAGAAAUACGGUGUGAGCGGUUAUCCUACAUUGAAAUUUUUCCCUAAGGGCAACAAAGCUGGUGAAGAGUACGAGGGUGGAAGGGAUUUGGUUGACUUUGUGAAUUUCAUAAAUGAAAAAUGUGGAACCAGUAGGGACGAAAAGGGACAGUAUACCUCUAAGGCUGGUCUUGUUGAAAGCUUGAGCACAUUGGUGAAGGAGUUGGUGGCCGCUAGUGAUGAGGAGAAGAAAACCAUCUAUGCUAAGAUAGAAGAGGAGGUUGACAAGCUCAAGGGUUCCACUGCCAAGUACGGGAAGAUCUACCUGAAAGCUGCUAAGAAUUCUAUGGAGAAGGGUUCUGGUUAUGCCCAGAAAGAAAUUGAUCGCCUUCAGCGCAUGCUUGAAAAGUCAGUCAGUCCUGCCAAGGCAGAUGAGUUCGCCUUGAAGAAAAAUAUCCUCUCGGCAUUCGCAUAAUCGCAGGAAUCACAUAAACGGGAAAAGGCGGGAAUCAUAAUCCCUUUUGGCAGGGUUUAGUUUUUGACGUGCCUUAGUUUUCGUCCCCCUUGAUUGAUUUAGAGUGCUCGGUUCUCGGAUAUCCUUAAUGACAUUUUACAUGUAAGACUUCAUUUUGCUGAGCGCAGAAGUAGACUUGUUUCGGAAUCAUAUGUAGCAAUGAGUUGGUGCUUUUUGGUUUGCCCUCUAAUUUGAUCCUUUAUGUACACGGUUGAAGUUGAUUAUGGAAUCUUAGUUGAUGUUCGGUAA